CUGCGACAGCAUGUCCUCGAUAACCUUUCCUUACGGAGGGCACGGUCACUCGGCGUCGUCAUCGUUCGUGACAGUGCACGACUCGCACCAUGGGUCGAUACCCUCGUACGAGCCUCCGAACGACACUUCGUCCUUCCAAAUGAACCCGCUUUCGUCUCACCCUCCUCGGACCCCGCGCACAUCCAUCAUCUCGAAUGGGUCCCACGUGUAUGGCACCGAGAUAUACGACACCAAGGAAGACAAGGAAGUUACAUCGCAGACUUUCGAGGCCGAGGACUCGGAGGAGGAAGAUGAGGAGAAGCAGGACGCGGCCAAGGACCGCGUCCGGAGGGAGGACGUGUGGCGGGAGCUGCUCAAGUCUUCUAACGGGCGCGACAAGGCAUUUAAACUGCUACAGUACUCGAUGAAGAUGUACCUCCUCUUCCACCUCGCGCUCACAAGUAGCCCUGCGUUCCGAGGCCGAAAGCGGCCAGCAUGGGAGGCGGAGCUCACGCAACGCCUGACCUCCGCUAUCGCUGGGUUCUCGCUGACAAGGAAAUGCCUUAUCCUCUUCAACUGGUUGCCACCACUGACUUCCAUCCUGGCUCAGCACGCGUCCGACUCGUACGCGGGAGGAGCCAAGAAGGGCAGGCACAAGCCGCUGCUGCACACCUUCCUGCACGCCCCGCCGCCUGUGCUGCUCGAGUUUGUCAACGGACUUGCGGACGACGCGGCCACGUUCUCAAAGCUCGGCCUCAUUGGGAAGAAGGCCGGUGAGAGAGCGGGGCGCCUUGCGGACUGGUGUUGGUUCGCGAGCACGCUCGUGAACCUGGUAGAGAACAGCGUCGAGAGGAGUGUGAUCCUUGAGCAGCAGCAUCAAGUCGAAAGCCGCCUAUACGACGAGUCCAUGGCUGGCGCGACAGGGAAGUCAAAUCCCAGUGCGCAGAAGUUCGACCACAAGGAGCUUGCUCGUCUUCAGAGGCAAGACCACUGGAUACAAGUGACGAGGCUCAAGCUCCUUAUGGACCUGAUCUUCGUCUCAUACGACGUGUUCCGGUUGAAGCGCGCAAAAGGCCAGGUUCAAACAUUCGCCGGUCUUGCUUCGGCCAUUCUCAGCUCCGCUAAGCUAUAUGAUCGUCACAAAACCGCGCUGAGCAAGGCUAGCCCUCACUAAUCGUACUGACCUCUUGUUACCUUACGUAUGCUAUACCCAUCAUAUAUAUAGUGCCGUCAAGGAUCUAGUUCCAGUGGUUUACCGUCGCCUUAAUUAGAGUACACUGGUGGCAGAAGUUUGAAUGAUGUGAACGUGCUACACAAUUGCAAAUGACAGGAGACUGACUGCUCAAACAAUGCCGCGUGAUACUACCAAGGUAACCAUCCUUUCCGCUUCUUCGCCUCAGCCGGCGCAUCUGACACCGGGCUCUGAGCGGCGUGUGGAGGGGACCUCAGCAGUUCCCUCUGAGCGAUGACCUCCGCCUCGAGCUGUUGAACAUGCGCAUGAGCCUCUUCGAGGAACCGCUCAUGUGCCAGAUGCUGCUGCCACGUUCGCAAACCGAUGUAGACCGCAGAGCCGAGCAGCGCGACGGGGAUCAUGCCCGCUGCAUAGUCCGUGUAGAAUCGCGCAUGGGGAGAGGGCGGACGCGCUUGCGAGCUCAGGAGGCGUGGGCGCAUCUGGACGCGAACUGCGCGGAGGGUGUGCAAGUGAUUCCGCGUCGACAUCGCUGCAGCGCAAGAUGACCGAGCAAGCAUCAAUAGUCGACCGACGAUGGGCAGAGUGGUUGACGGGUUGGAGAAGUCCCAGUGAACGCGC